AUGGAGCGCUUCCAUCGUGCCGGCCGGAACGAAGUAACUUGCAACAGCUGGGCAAAUUUAUUGGCAGCCGAAGACAAAAUGGAAAUGUUUUACAUGGCAAGAGAAGCUGUAGUCAAAUAUAUGGGAAUGACGAUGGAAAACAUGGGCGAACUGGCGGAUCAACAAAUCAACGAGUCGUCGUCUGUGGCAGCCUCAGGAGGCGGAGGCGGAGUGAGUCCCCACGAUCUGUCGCCGACGAACCUGGCAGCAGCAGGCCGUUGUUCCUCGUCGUCGUCGGAGGCGAUCCCGGUGGUCAGUGUGAGCACCAUGAUGGACAGUAGCGAGUUCCGCUCCCAGAUGGGCGAGGCGGCCACCUACCAGACCCUAAACGGGCGCAUGAGCCCCGGCUACAGCCCCAACAACAGUUACGCCACCCUCACACCGCUGCAGCCCCUGCCGCCCAUCUCAACAGUGUCGGAUAAGUUCACCACAGCACACCACCACCAUCACGGCGUGCCGCCCGUCACCCCGACCUCCAACAACGUCAGCGGCAGUUUUACCCUCAUGCAAAACAACGGUCUCGGACUGGACAUGAACUACCGUUACGACAAACUGACCAGCAUGGGCAUGAGCCCCAUGUCCAGCAUGAUGGCUGCAGCUGCGGCCACUAAUGGCUACCAACAGGGUCUGUCGUCGCCUUACGGCUACGGACAAAAUAACGGACUGCAUUCGCCGAAACCCGAGCCCAAGAUGGUGUCUCCUAACUAUGAGUACCGAAGCAGCCUGGGAGUUGGUGGGCCUCCAGGGCCGAGUGCUUCUUCGAGACUGCCGUCUCCUAGUGCUAUGAUGGCCACAUCCAGCGGUUCGUCCCUGAACGGACUUCAGACAUCGGCCACCAGCGCCUCGUCCCCUCACAGCCAUCACAGCAUGAGCCCCCCACAACGGGAACGGCCGUCCAGCUCGUCUGAAUCCCAACAAUCGGCUGCCUCCAAUAAUAAAGAGGUGGAAGAAAUUAACACGAAGGAGUUAGCACAGAAGAUCAGCAGUGAGCUGAAAAGGUACAGUAUCCCACAGGCGGUUUUCGCCCAGAGAGUGCUGUGCCGAAGCCAGGGUACCCUCAGUGAUCUUUUGAGGAACCCUAAGCCAUGGAGCAAACUUAAGUCCGGACGGGAAACUUUUCGACGGAUGUGGAAAUGGUUACAAGAACCAGAAUUUCAGAGGAUGUCGGCGCUAAGACUGGCAGGUAAGCAAUCGAAACACUUCUUUAUACUUUUUUCUCUCUUCUCUAAUAAUUAA